AUGAGCAGAGACAUGAUCACCACACACCACACCAGCCGUCCACCAAUAGAGCAGCUAAUCCCCGAUAAUAAGAAUUCAGCCGCGGGAACUGACGCUCCUGGCAUGCUUGUAAAAGGUGAGAAAAUCGGGUUCGCAAAUGAGGGCUGCAGCGCAGCUGCGGGAGUUUCAGUCGGGAAAUUCAUCGAACAGGUUGUGAUCACCUGGGUUCGCGCUCAAUCCGCGGAGGUUGAUGAGUACGCGACUAUGUUCCGUAUUUCAGAUGAUCGCCAACGGUGA